AUUGCAGUGAAGAUAUCAUCUGCACAAAAUGAAAAGUCUCAUGCUUUACACCUAUAUUUUAAUAAUUGCUUUUCAGCCAUCUAGCUCGAGAGAAUUAAAAAAAUUCAAAAAUUUAAUAGAAACUAUUGAGGAUGACAUUGAAUUUUGCAAGAAUAAAAAUAAUGUAACUGAUGCUGAUAUUUAUAAUCGGGAAGAGAUAAUCACUGAUUUACCUAUUCAACCUGAAAAUGAAGAAAGAAAAAGGAGAGUUGGCUGCUGGAUUGCGUGUAUCUUAAAAAGACAGAAUUUAAUGGAAGGAUCAAACAUUAAGGAAGCACAAGUUUAUGUAAUAAUAAAUAUGGAGUACACUAAUAGUUCUCAACAAGUUAUUGUUUACAGAGUUGCGCGUAAAUGCAUGAAACAAGUAAGAAAUAUUACACAAGAAUGUGAGAAAAGCUUCUUCUUGUUAGCAUGCUUUGUAAAAACUGGAUAUGAAGAACAGAAACAUCAAGAACUUGAAAUAAAAGAAGCAGAAGAAAAAGCAUAAAUAAAACAAA